AUGUCUCAGAUAAUGGAUAAUGUUACAUGUUGUGGAUUGCACUCUCUAACAUACAGCCAGAAGCUGAAAGCAUUUUUCCACCUGUGGUUUUGGAUAGAGCAGGAUAUUGUUUCUGUCUCUGGGCAUUGGGAGUUCCAGGUUGCGCCAUGUGAGGGGAUUGAGAGGGGAGAUCAUCUGUAGAUAGCCUACUUCCUGCUCAGAGUGUGUGAAGACUUCAGCAAGGUCGCCAGGCCGGACCCCAAACCUGGCAAGAGCAGCUUCAGCAAGGAGGCUUCCAGAGCAGAGAGAGGGAUAGACCAUCUUGCCAGACACAAUGAACUCUGCUGGCACCAUCUCAAGCACAUCAGAGUCUCUGAUCCUCAUGGGCACAUGAACAACCACCAAAAACUCAGAGGCCUCAACGAGACCUCAGAACCUGUGUUCUCAGCUUCAGUGGCUAAUCUUGGGGUCAGAAUUCGCAUUCCUGCCAGCAUGGACCAGGACAAGCACGGAUACUUGGAGAACUACCACCCUGCUCCUAACUGUGACCCAUAUACUGUUACUGGAGCUAUUGCUCAGACAUGCCUGUUGGAUGAGGACAAGGACUAA